UUCACACGCACCUAUUUUGUUCGUGAGGUGGAGGAUUGUGUUGAUGGCGGUCUCGAUCAAUUUGUAUUUAAACUGAUUAGACGAUGAUUUCUCCUUUUGUCGGUGGAGGGACGAGGGGCUAAGACUUAGAAAGCGUGUUCAAUAUGCUCCGUGCUGCUUUGCUGAUAAUCCGGGUGAACUGUCUUUGCUGAACGAUGCCCACCGACAGCAACAGCCGCGACGACACAUAGCAGUCAUGGUAGCAGAACGACUCAAGUCGUUGGUGGCCGAUGCCUUCUACAAGCAUGGGCAGUUCUGCAGUGCCCAUCCCUGGCCAGUCAUUACAUUUGUUUGCGCCGUCAUCCUGAUUGCCAGCUAUCCCAUUGUGAACCUGCCUCUGCCGGGCACCGCCCCCAUGGAGUUUUCCUCCCCCAUCCAGGGGUUCAGAGUACCCCUCCAGCGCUCCAAAGGGCCCAUCCAGGAUCCCGGCGUGGAGGGCAUAGUGGCCCCUAGAUGGUUUUCAGGCCCGCCAGUUGGAUUCAUCCAGCAGUUUGUCAUCAAUGCAACCGUAUCACCAUGGAAACGGGGUUUAAUCCCAGAAGAUGCCUUCCGAGCCCCGCUGUCCAAGGCAUUUGAUCUGCGGCAGGAUAUUGAGGAAUAUCAAACCUCGGCUGGGAAAUCGGUGCGGAGCUUCUGUCUGUACGUGAUGGAGCCAGAAGACGACUGCAAGGACACCCUGCCGAGGCACAACUGCCUGAUGGUGUCCCCAGCCAACGUGUGGGGGGAUAGUGCCAACAAGUUCCAGCAGGACGCCAAGCUGGUCAACUCAAUCUUUGAGAAGCAAGGGAGCAUGGAGGCCACUCCUAGCAUCAAAGACCUCCUGUUUGGCAUUCCCUCCAAGUACACCGGCAUUAGUCGCUUCUACAUCCGCAGUCGACAGCGCCAGAUCUCCUUUGCCAUCACCUUGGUCCUGCAGACCUACAACCAGACGUUCGUCGAGGGUCUGAAGGAGCACCUGCUGCGUCGCCAUGGCGACGGCAACAUCCAGCAAGAUACCAAAGAAAAGGAGCAAAUCGUUCACAUUUAUUAUCAGGAUGAGAAGGGCCUUAUUGAAAUGUCUCCCUUGGUCAUCAUCUACGUCUUGCUGCUUCUCUACAUAUACUUCUCCAUUAGUACGAUUGAGAUGGUACAAUCCAAGUGGGGCUUGGCAUUUGCUGCCGUCAUCAUGAUCAUGUCGUCUCUCUCCAUGUCUGUGGGUAUCUGCCUCAUGUUUGGCCUCACCCCCUCCCUUAGUGGCAGCGAGGUAUUCCCGUAUCUGGUGAUCAUAAUUGGGCUGGAGAAUAUCCUCGUCUUCACCAAGUCAGUAGUCUCCACUCCAGUCCACUUGGCCGUCAACAUCCGAAUUGCGCAGGGUCUGAGCAAAGAAGGAUGGUCGAUCACCAAGAACCUGUGUGCAGAGCUGCUGGUCGUUCUCAUUGCAUUCUUCACCCUUGUUCCAGCCAUUCAGGAAUUUUGUGUCUUCGCCUUGGUUGGCUUAAUGACAGAUUUCUUCCUUCAGAUGUUCUACUUUGUCCCCGUUUUGUCAGUUGACAUUCGUAGAAUGGAGUUAUCAGAUCUGAGCCGGAACAGCGUCCGACAAGAGCUUGCCGCCUCAGCGAGACUGGAGGCGGAACGACCCCCGACCCCAACACAGGGCCGUCACAUGACCCGCUCCAAGUCAGCCCCCAGGUCCCUGAACAAGAUGAGUUACGUCUCGACGCACAGCCAGCCGGGCUACAACUACCCAGGCAGUUCCCGACGGUUGGCCACGUUGCCACUGCACACAACUAGGAGUAGGGUCCCGCGCCGGCUCAAGUUCAUCUAUUUCUGGGCCAGCACCAGACUGAUGCAGAGACUAAUUAUGGCUGCAUCUAUUGUAUGGAUCAUUCUCACCAGUAUGUUCAUGUACAAGUCUGGCCUCGUCACCCACCUGACCGACACCAGACUAAACCAGUCCACGCCCAUGGAACUUCACGAGAUACUGACCCUGCAGAAUGAACCCUCCAAGUUGCCCCUCGAGGCUCCGCCCCUAGAAAAGGGCACUGUGGACCCCGUGCAGCAUGCCGUGGAGGGUGUUCCCUCCGACACGGACUCAAGGAAGAAAUCCCGAAUGCAGGCCAUCGCGGACCAGCUGAUGAGCUUGACGGAGGGGAGUAGCAGCUGGGCGUGGCAGCAGGAGAGUGUGAGAAGGGCGGGUCAGCAGGGGGACCUUUGGCGGAAGCUGUCCUUGUGGCACUGGCCAACGUUGUUUGGCUGCUACAACAUCAGUCUUCACGGAAAGUAUAUCAGCAUCCUCCCGCCUUCCUACAUGAACAUCAACAUCAAUCCAGAAGAUGCCGUGGCACUGCGCCACAAGCAGGAGAGAGAACGUGCCGCCAAGUGGUACAGCAGUCUUGACCCGGACUCCCGCGUGCUGCCCUACGACCCGGACUUCUACACGGAGUGGAUCGACGAGCAGGGCGUGGUGCACAUGGUCCCCCUCUACCAGGCCUCCCCGCUGGACUACUACAUGACCAUGACGCUGGGCAUCCUGAGCGGGGCGUCGUCCGUCAUCCUGGUCAUCCUCCUCUUCAAGUGCGCGGUGCUGGUGCGGCUGCGGAGGGCGCGGUACAAGAGGGGCAAGCACGAGGACAUCCUGAAGCGGGUGGUCAUGAAGAAGUCCUGUGAGUCGGUGCCGUGGGUGCUCAUGGGUCACCAGCAGGAGAUUGAGUGUUUAUCCAGCGAGGGGGCGUGGAUAGCCAGCUGUUGUCUGGGGGGUGAAAUCCGCAUCUGGGAUGGUAGUAGCGGAGAGUGUACAAUCUGCAUUGACAGACACAGCUACUUCAAGAGGAGGAGACGUCUUGGCAGUAGCAGCGCUAGGACUCGUCACGGCUCUGGAGGAGGAGAAGCAUUUUUGAGAUCAGUGACUGACUUCAGCAUCAAGGAGAAGUCCAACACCUACCCCCUCAGCCGGAGAAAUGGUUACUCCCAGAACCAGGUAGACCUCUCAGGGGCCAUCUGCACAGACUUUGGCUCCAGCAGGAGCUCCGUGGAAGUCGGAAGCAGUUGCCAAGAUGACCGGUUGUCAUCCGGGGUGUACAGUGGGUCCGUGGGGUCCCAAAGCAUGGAGCAGGAUUUGAGCAGCUGCUCAGGCACGCCAAGGAGCUCUGGGAAUGGUUACGACUUCCGGACACUCGUGGAUGCCUAUCUGAUGCAAGAGCAGCAUCGCUAUGGCAACAGUCUAGUCGAAGAUGAAGAUGAUGAGGGAUUGGAUGAUGUGUAUCCAGACUUACCCUCCCCACCCAUCAUGCAUAGGUCUGGUUCCCAGAACAUCACAACCAUCAAUGAAUUUAGGGGCAGCUUCAGAGGUCGGACUGCCUCAACGGGGUCUAUGGGGCUGAGGUUCGAAUCCAGCCAAAGUCCCAGGGAGCCAGUCAGCCGGAGCCCCACCCCAUAUGCCAGCCGGAAUCGGUUCUCCUUUGACGAAGAGUUGUUGAGACAGUGCGGGGCAGGGGGCGAUGCCGGGAUGACCUCUCCGUUGGACGGUGUUCUGCCUCCACCCAUCUGGUGCUUGGUGUGCAGUGAUCACAUGGUGGUGGUUGGAUGUAGCAACGGAAGAAUAGAGAUGUGGGAUUCAGGGUCAGGCUUCCUACUGGGCUCCUACGAGGAUAACCCCAUCGGAGCGACCGGCCUGACCAUUACCGGUACCCACCUGGUGGUUGCCAGACUCAACGGCAGUCUAGACUUCUUGGACCUGGUCACCCAUCACUCCAUUCACCUUAACCAGGCCAUGGUCAGUGACUUUCUUGCCAGUGAUCACAGGGGUAAGAUGAGGAGUUUCUCCAUCUCAGAGUUUGUGCCACUUGGGGGUGCUAUCUUCUGCUCUAAGCAAGCCUCAGUACAGGCGCACCAGCAGCCAAUCAAUGAUGUGCAGGUGGCCAGGGACCAGGUGGUUACCGCCAGUCAGGACCACACGUUGAAGGUGUUCCGAUUGGAAGAUUCGCUUUGUACCUACACCUUACGAGGCCACACAGGCAGCGUAACCACACUCUAUGUAGAUAAAAACAACUCUUACCAAAUCGCCAGUGGAUCCGACGACGGCAUGGUGCGGUUGUGGGACACGCUAACCGGCGUCUGUCUGCACUCGCUCUGGGGUCAUGUCAGCACGGUUCUGUCAGUCACACUCAGCCGGGAUCAUGUGAUCAGUGUGGGCAUGGAUAACAGACUCUGCGUCUGGAAGCGUCGGCGGGGACGCAUGAUACAUGUCAUACAGCUGGACCCAGGGUGUACUGGAACUGUUGCCACUUUGUCCAACAAUCACAUGGUUACGGGUGGACAGGGCUAUUUGGCAGUCUGGGACAUUUUCCACGGAGAACCAAUCAGGGUUGUAGAGCUGGGUGGGGGCGAGCAAGCAGUACGACAGAUUGUAGUCACCGAUCAGGGUAGAGCCGUUGUCUGCGACUACGGACGGGAACUCCGAUUGGUUACUUUCCCAUCUGAACUCAAGAAGACAGAUUGAGAUAGUAUCCCAUAUGAGAUAUAUUUUUAGGUCCCCCUUAUAGGGGUAGUAUAGACUCUCUCUCACUGAGGAAUUGCUACCUUUCUCAAAAAUCUGAGUUUGAUGCUCUACUGAGCCAGAAAGCUGCCUAUCUAAUUAAACUAGGGAUGAGCUUGGUUUAUACUGUCCUAUCUUCAUAUGCUGUUUGCUGCUUUAUCUUGCUUGGUUUGGUAAGCCGUGCUGUGCAUUUUGAGAUCGUUGUUAACCCUAACACUCCUCAGUCCUCCAACAGGUGAAGGAUUGAGGAGGGUUAGGGUUAAACCCGUUUGAAGAUUCGGGACAAGCCAUUGAGGUGUCAGUACUCUGAUACAGUUUUUACUUUGUACGUGGAUUUAUUUUAACGAGACUUUGUAUUUUAUGUCCAAUGUUGUACAAGUUUUCUGUAGUAGGUAUAUCUCAGCCCUCCGCUCGUUAGAUUGACUCCCCAAAUUAUUUUGCUUUGUUUGUGUGAAGAAUCUUGGUGGCGUGGGCAAUUCGCUGCAGACCUCCAACUUAUUUAUCAGCCUGUCCUAGUCAUAGGCACUCUGUGUGCAUUCAGGAUACUCAUUAGAAUGUGGGCAUGAUUUACAUGUAAUGAAUUAUUCAUAUCGCAGGUUGAUGUCAUAAAAGGAUCAGCCUGUUGAACUGGCCAGAUUAGUCGCUUCUCGGUGCAAUCUGCAUAUAAUGAAUUAUACAUGUGAUGACAUCACAGACUAAUUGACUAGUGAAUGAAUGGAAAACUCUCUUGAAAUAUUUAAAAUAAGCCUUAGAUUUAUGGUUUGUAUAAUACUUCAGCGGUUGGGGGUUCUGGGGAAAAUAUGCCAACAAAGAUGAGAAAAUUUCGUACAUCAUGUAAAUAUUAUUGAGCUAAAAAAAUUAGUAACUGUUAUGUUCUCUUCAAUAAUUGCAGUCAAGGCUCAUAUGCCUGACUCCAUUGUACCAAUUGGUAUCUGCAAAAUGCCUUUUUAAAAUUUCCAUUUGCGGUGCUAUGAAAUCUAUGGAUUCCAUGUACAUACCAAAGAUCAUAAUUUAAGUUGGUUGUCAGUGCUUUUUGUUUUAACCUUUGAGUGCAUCAGGACAUUACUUCUAUGUACACUUACAUUGCACACGUACCAUGUCAAAACUGCAUUUUAUACCUCGUCUCGGCGAUGUAUUUUAUUUUUUUUAAAACUCUACUUUUGGUUUCUGUUGUAUCGAGUAUUAUAAUUUGUGUCAAAGUUCCAAUCUGAAUUGGUAAAUAGCCCUAUCCGUACAUGUACCCGACGUCAGAUUUGGUCUAUAAAAGUGCUUUCCUAUGGGAGUUCGGUAGGGUUGGCAGAUAUUAAACUCAUUGGGAACCCUGUAUGUAAACAAAGCAUGACGUCAUCGGGACACUGAAAUUUGUUUGCAUUGUUUUCAGAUCGUCAUGGUGUCCAAUUUCUGUAUUUAUAACGGUCAAAUGAAAUCCAUGUUCGUAUACAUGUAUACCAUGUAAACUGUGUAGAAGAAUAAAUGUAUGUACAUGACUUUGCUUUCAAAUUUUCUGCUUUAUUUUCCAUAUUUUUCUGUAUUACUCUCACUCUAAUGCAUUUCUUCUUCGACUUUUUCCUCUUGUUUGCUGAAUGAGAAAUGUCGAGAGAGUUUUAUAUGAGGUUUGAAGUUUAUUACCAUUGCAAAUACCCAAUAUCACAAAUUCAAAGUCACAUUAAUGGUUGCUGGCAUAUAACAUCUGCCUCCUAAUAUGUGGCAGUAGAAACCCUCAGCUUUAAAAAAAAA